AUGUCGGGGAAAACAAAAUGGAGUUUGCCCGAUGCUGAAAAUACAUUUAGGUAGGUGCCAGACUGGACUGUCAGGGGGGAAAGCUAAUCACUCUGUGACCAAGAGGGCAGUGUUUGUGUCUGUUUAAGUAAUCAGAGGCUUGGUAGGUGCACGCAAAAGAUUUCAAGGACAGUUUGGUGCCCAUAGGCACCACGUUGGCAACCCCAAGAUUCCCUGCAGCUUCCUAGAGAUUGACUUUAGGUGGCCUGCAAGAUUCCUUACUCUCCAGUGCUGCUUCCCAGAGUUAGCUCCACUGAACCUAAUAAGCCUUUCUUCUGAACGGACAUUAGGAUUGCACUGGUUAUGGAGAACAAGGCUCUCAACUGCUACUAGUCACAAUGGUUAUAUGUUCUUCCUCCACUGCCAGGGACAUUAGGCUUCUGAAUGCCAGUCUGCUGGGAACUGCGAGUGGGCAGAGCACUCUUGGGCUCACAUCCUGCCUGCUAGGGUUGAUCUACUAUGAAACGAAGAUUAAGCUUCAGGGCCCCUAAUCCUGGAGGGGCCCCAGAAGCAAAUUUAGUCCACGAUGGGUCUUGUUGACCCAAUUUGAGUCGCAUGACUAACAUGGAUUUUUGUUGUUGCCUAAGGUCGGCAGUUCGAAUCCCCGCGACGGGGUGAGCUCCGUUGCUCAGUCCCUGCUCCUGCCAACCUAGCAGCUCAAAAGCACACCAGUGCAAGUAGAUAAAUAGGUACCGCUCCGGCGGGAAGGUAAACGGCAUUUCCGUGCACUGCUCUGGUCCGCCAGAAGCGGCUUAGUCAUGCUGGCCUCAUGACUUGGAAGCUGUAUGCCGGAUCCCUUGGCCAGUAAAGCGAGAUGAGCGCCGCAACCCCAGAGUCGGUCAUGACUGGACCUAAUGGUCAGGGGUCAGCAGCAGAGAAGUUGCAAAGUGUGGUGAUCUAUCAUGGAACAACCCCAUUGAAGAAAGGCUAACCCAGACCUCCUUGCUGGUUGCAAAAGGGGGGCAUAACAGUUCAGCCCCCCCAGUAUAGGUCUGCUACUGUGCCCUGCUUCCCACACAAGGGUGCCAACUUGAAUAAAAUAUUGGAGGGGGGGAGGUACACCCUGUCCCAGAUAAUCACGUGACACCCCCCCAUUUGAAUGCCCAUCAACUCAAAUAUUGGGGGGGCGGGCAAAGGGACCUCGGCCCCUAGGAGUUGGCUCAUAUGUUCCCACAGGAGCAGGCGAGCAGGACGCCGGCCUAGACGGCUCCAGACGAUUCCAUCAUCUCCAGGUGAGGAGGCUGCGGCGAGCGCGCGGCGUUUCCUCGCAGCACCUGGCGGAGCAGCAGCAGCAGCGACCAUUCGGCGCCUGCCGCCUCCGCCGCCACGCAGCCGGCAGCCCCUUCUGCGCCGCCCCCGGGAGACCCGGCGGCCACACGGCGCGGGAGACUCCGGGGCCCGCGUCGUCAGCCCUGCUCCGCCGCCUCCGUGUCCUCGCGAGGGAGACGGCGGGCGCGCGGGCGCGGGCACACACACGCUCUCUCGCUGCCCGGAGGAAAAGCGCCUCAUAAGGAGCCGAGGCAGCGGGGAGAGGGGAGGAGAGCCACCGCGGCUGGCGGCCAACAGGUAAGGAAGGCAGUGGCGGCUGCGUUUUGGCGCGCCGGGCUGAGCGAGGAGAGCGUCGUGCUGGAGGCGCCCGCUUGGCUCUUCCCCAGUCCGGCUGCCCCCCAGCCAGGGGAAGGCUGCGGCGGGGCGCCCUGCUCCCUGGACGAGGGCAGCCUGUGGCGCUGCCCCUCACUGGAGGCUUCCUGCGUCGAGGCGAGCAAGUGCCUGCUAAGUAGGACUUGGGGUGCAGAUACGUGUAUGUAUGUAUGUGUUUGUUUGUGAGAGAGAGUCGGCGUGCGCGCGCUAUGGGCGCGCGAGACCCUGCUGCUGCUGCAAAGCCAGAGCUUGGGUGCUUGCUGUGUUUCUGCCUAGUUGGUAUUAUCUCCUGUCUUCGCCACCCGCGCCCCAAAAUAAUAACCCGUGCUAUCUUGUAAUUGAGAUGCAUGCAAUAUCCUCAGUCUGCAUUGCACCUGCAGCAAGUUAGCAAAAUCCCUGCCUGGGUGGCUGGAUCGAUUGCAGCGUCGGGAGGCUUGGGGACAGCCUUUAUUUAUGUCUGUGUGUGUAUGCGUGGCUGUUUGUUCGGCUUUUGUUUUUUCCCCUUCUUCGGUGUAUGCAUGUAAACAUGCCAAGGGAACCUUAGGAAGAAAGUUGUGGCGAGCAGCCUUGAUGCUCUUCCAUUCAUAUCUUCCUAACUUCUGCCUUUUUUUCCAGCUCAGUGAGUCUACUCUAUAUUUAUCUGUGACGUUGGGGUGAUGUCAUAUGUGUCAUGUUGGUUUAUACUGCGUUUAUAUAUGCUGCCUUGGUGAUACAAGCAAUUUUUUUUAAUAUAAAAAACGUGUUUUGUCUGCAGAUAGAAAGUUCUGCAGUGGCUGGUCACUAGAAACUUUACUUCAUUUAAGGUGGCAGAUUCUCCUCCUCCAAAUGACUUGGGGAAAUGUGAUGCUUGCUCAAAGUUAUAUGGCUGCUGUGUAUGUCAAAGUGAGCCUCACUGGGUUCAGUGGAACUUAGCAUAGCAUAGCACUGGAGCCUACCAUUACAGUCUGCACAAUUCAACUUUGAUUGUACAUUUUCCAGAGGACCUAGGCUAUUGGGUGACUAACAAAUAUAUUAAAAAAUGGGUCUCACUGAGAAUUGGACUGCAGCCCUAUACAGACUAAUCUAGCAGUAUGUAUAAAUGAACUCAGUGGGACUUUCAGUCUGAAUCAGAAGUAUAUACAUUUAUGCACAAUUUGUGUUUUAUGCUAGUAAAAAAUAAAAAAGAAGGAUCCUUAUUUAAGAUAUUUAAAUUGUUGGUUUCUAAAAGGUGAUGCACCUGCUAGCUUUCUUUGCACUGUUAAAAUUCUGUGAGGUUGAAUUCAGUUUUGGUUUUUAAGUGUUCUUGCAACACUAAGAAAACAAACAAUGGGUUUGAAUUCAGACUAAUGCUUUAAUCCUGACCCCAUUUAUCUGAGGGUAAGCCUCAUUGAAUUCAUUUGGUGAGCAUGCUUUAGGCUCCGCUGUAAGUAGUCCGAUUUGGGGCCCUGUUGACAGUGAAACCUAAGCGCAACAGAGGUAGGGUUUAUAGGGUUUACUGUAGCUUUCAGUGUGAUUCUAUCAGUAUUUACUUCAAAGUAAGUCCUGUGGAUUUCCCUCAAGCUUAUUUCCAAAGAAGUGUACCUACAACUGCUGACCAGGUCUGGUUUUGACUUAAUAUUUCAGUCAUCUUUUAAGUAGAAUUUACCUAUGAAAACGUGCAACUGGAAUGUAUUAUGAAACCAUGAAGCAGAGGACAGUGCUGUUUCUGAAGGGCAGCACAGAAACAGAUUUUCUGCUCAUGGGUUCUGGACUGCACUGGUUUUAAGCAACUGGUGUUUCUUCUCCUGCCUCCUGUGCACCCCUCCCAGACAACUCCAUAGUGAUGAAAUGUGGAUGCCUUGAUUCCUUCCUUUCUGACGUCUCUGAUUAUCGCUUUUUUUGGAAGGGAUAGUUUAGAGGCCCUCUUCUCCAUCCAACUGAAAGGGUGAUAAAUGUUGUAUAGCAACUGAUUAAAAAUAUCUUCCACGCCAACUAGAUUAAGAACAUAGGAACUAAAUUAUCCAAACCACUGGUCCAUGACCAUCUAACUCAUUAUAGUAGAAAAUGACUUGCAGUGACUCUCUGAGAUUUUGGAUAAGGUCUCUAAGCUGUACCUGGAGAAGCCAGGGGCUGGACCUGGGAACUUUUGCACGCAAAGCAGAUAUUCCACCACCAGGCUAUGGUCCUUACCCUAAAAGAAUUAGGUCGGCAUUUAUCAGUAUCUUAAAUUAUUGUUUAAUUACAUUUUGUAAAAAUGUGAUUUUAGAUAUAGUAAACCCACCUCACAGUGGCCUCAGUUUUGUGUUCUAAAAUCAAUAUCUGCCCAGUGUGAGCUUAGAAUCAUAGAAUUGUAGAAGUGGAAGGCAUCCCAAGGGUCAUCUAGUCCAACCCCCUGCAAAAUGGUUAUGUGCUUUGCAUUUUGUGAAAUGCCAACUCGGAAAUUCUGGUGUGUCUAGCCUUCCAAAAAUAGCAUAUGUAAACUGACAGCACCCCUGAGCGAUGUUUCUGUUCUUUAAAAAAUAUUUCUGAGCUUCAUAGUGUUGGUGACUCCAAGCACGGGUGAUUAAAAUGAGGUGCUUAUAACUUUCCAUAGCCAGUAUGGAACAUAUUGUGAUAACUCUGUGUGAUGCUUAGUUCCUCUUUAAAUUGUCUGAAGAUUUUAUAAUUGUGUGCUGUGUUAAACACAUGUGCUCCAAGUUAGUAACAUACAAGUUUUUAAUACAGCUGUGUUUAGCAGCUAUUUAUUUCUGUGUCAUGUUGCUUUAAUUAAUGCAAAUCGGCACACUGUGGUGAAAGGCAUCAAUAUUUCCAUAGUCAGUUCACAUGAACCAAUGCAUGUGAAGAUUUUUACGCUCUUAGUUCAUGCAUAUAGUGCGUUCAUUCCCUGAUAGAAACGUGUACUGAAAUACUUGCCUAGUCAGAAGCAACUAAAACUGUACAUUUCUUCAUUUACCAGUAAUGGCUAACAUUGUACAACACUUACACCACAAGCCUAUGAAUGUCUACUCUGAAGUAAGCUCUGCUGAGUUCAAAUGGGGUUUACCCCCAGGAAAGUUUGCAUCAGAUUGUACUGUAGCCUUUAAAAUGCAGCCUUCAGCAAUACUUUCUGCAUAUGUUGUCUGAAACAAUGGCAGCAUCCCAGUAUGGCCCCUGAACUCUCCUAAGGACAUAAGAACAGCCAUGCUGGCUCAGACCAAACAGUCAUAUAGUUCAGCAUCCUGUUUCUCAAACACCCUGUUCCAACUCUGCCCCAAAAGCAGGAUACCAGGACAAUAGCACUCUCCUGCUGUUCCCCAAUAAGUGGUAUUCUAAGGCUUACUCCCUCUGAUCCUGGAGGUAGUAUAUAGUCAUCUUGACUAGUAUCCAAUGAUACCAUUAUCAUUCACAAUGUUUUCUAAUUUCUUUUUAAAGCCAUCUAGGUUAAGUAUGAAUCAUAAGGCUUGACGGGACCACAAGGAUCAUCUAGUCCAACCUCCCUGCAAUGCAGGAAUCUUUCACCCAAUGUGGGGCUCGAACCCACAACCCUGAGAUUAAAGAGUCUCAUGCUCUGUGGUUGAUGGCCACCAUCGUAUCUUGUGGUACUAAACUCCAUAGUUGAACUAUGCAUUGUGUACAGGGUAUUUCAUUUUGUCUGUCCAGCAAUUACAGAUUCACUGGUUGACCAUGGGUUUUUGUGUUACGAGAGAGGGAUAAUUUUUGUCUCUCUAUCUGCUGGCUCCACACCCUGCAUAAUUCUAUUGUUGUUGUUUCUUCCACCCCAUUUGCCUGCCUUUUUUCUCAGCUCCAAAUGUAACCAUGCCCUUUGGAGAGUUCUUUGGUCCUCUAAUCACUUUUGGUUGCCCUUUUCUGCCCUUUUCCCAGCUCUAUAUUCUUUUGAAAUGCAAUGUCCAGAACAUAAUACACUGAGUGUGGUCCCAGCAUAGAUUUGUUGGCCCUUUCCUAAUCAUCCCCAGUACAAAAUUCACCUUUUCCCCCCAGCAGUUGCACACAGGGUUGGCAUUUUUAUUGUGCCCAUGAGAUGUCUUUCCCAGUUGCUUACAGCAAGCUCAGAUCCUAUCUAUAUAUAUGUAGAGUUUGGAUUUUUAUUUUUUAUUUUUUUGGCUCCAGUUUCUCCGUUGGCUACUCGGAACAGCAUUUGCUGCUUUAAUGCCGUUCAAUUUGGAAAUAACCUUCUGAAGCUGUUCAAAAUCUCUUUCUAUUUUCACCACCCUGAAUAAUUUGGGCUGUGUAUGCAUUAGCAUUUACUCUGCCUCCAGUGUGCUCCCACCACUAGUCUUUGAAGCUGUGAAUACAGAGCCGGCCUGCCUAUGAGGCAGAGUGAAGCAGCUGCCUCAGGCAGCAGAAGCACAAGAUCCAGCGCCCCGUCUGUCCCACCACUUUUGCCAGUGGCGGAACACUCUUUGGGAGCGCUGCUUUGCUGCUCAUAUUCUCUCCCCCCCCCCAUUCUGCGUCAAAGCACUGCAGAAUACUCCCCCAGGGGGUGUGCUCUGGCAUGCAGCCUAAAUGGGGUCAGGGCUUGGGGGGCAGGGAGCAGCACAUUCAGAUAGUGAAGGAGGAUGGGCUGCUUCUGUAGGUACACAAACAUGAAAUAUCCUGUUGUUUCCUGAUAAAUACUCCUGCUUGAUGCAUUUCAAAACAGUUUCCAUCCAAUUUUAAAAUGUAUGCCACCUUCACUUCAUAGUUAACCGAAGUGUGUACAUUUGAGAGAUCCUCUCUGGUUUGUACAGCAAUGUGCAACAGUGGUUUGAAGUGCAGCAGGGAUAAGCAACCUUGCUGUGUUUCAAGCUGCUAAUGUGUACCUAGCCUUAGUGUCAUUAGUAAGCUUGACCCAUCUCCGUGCUCACCCAAUCUCAUCUCAUUUAUGAAAAAGUUUGGGAAAGCCAGGGGGUAUUCGGAGACAGUUUGUGAAAUGAGGGUGUGCCUCUUUAAUCAAAAUCCUACUGGGCACACCCACGUUUUUGGACAUGCUUGAGGUAUAUUUUUACAAAGGUUGUAUGCUACCCCCAAUCUCUGCCGAGUGGUGCAUGUGAUUGCAGGGGGCUUCCAGGCGCUCACAUGGGGGCUGUGUUCCCUUUGAGAAGCAAGACGCAAUGGAGGCUGUAGUGUCUUUAAGAAAUAUGGUUUAAUUACACAUAUUUGCAUCUGAGUUUAGAUGAAGGGGGUGCAGAUAUUACAGCAUUGUCAUCUCAAGAGCAGCUUGUUCUUCAUAGCAGCCCAACAGAACCAUCCUAAGCAUCAUUCCUUUGAUCCUGCUUCCCAGCCAGCUAUAAUGUUCUGCCCUUCAGCCCUUGUUUUAUGUUCUCCCUUUUUGUUCCUUCUCCUUCCCAGAACACCUAGCCAAGCCCAACACCUCCUCUUCUGCCUGCUCACCCCUUUUACUAAGCCUUGAGUCCAAGAGGCAAACUUUCCUGAGUGGCCUGAGGCCCUGCCCACCACAUUGCCAUCCCUUGUUUUGCACAGACCCAAACACCUUUCUUGAUGAGUAGAUGCCUGGUCAUUGUUUCACAGUGACUUAUGUUCAAUCAGCCCAGCCAGGCUAGUUUGCAUAAGGUAAACCCGGGAAUUUCCAUGGCACAGUUCAGGAGAACUGCAACAGCCUGUAUCUUCUCUUCAGUGUUACAAAUAUGAUCUAGAUGCUACCACUGAUUAAUUCCUAACAUUCACUAACAGACUCUUGUACCCUGGCUAUUGCACUAUCCUCUUCUCAAAAAAAAUCUUCUGACCAAAGAUGCAAUACAAAAAAUAAAGGACAGAAGAAAUCAGAUUUCUGCAAAGAUACAUACAGAAAAGUUAGUAAGGCAUUUGAAAAGAAACCUAGUUUCAGCACAACAUUAGAUCAUUUCCAGGUAAUUCCCAGCUCCCCUGGAAUUUUUCAGGCUUUCCCCUUGGGGUACACUCUGGUCAAUUCAGCAUCCUAAUACAGCUUACCUAUUCACCCACAUUGCCCUAGUGGUGGUUUUCAUAAGCCAGGAUGCAAGCCUUGUUGCCAGUUAUCUCACCUAAAAGCACUUCUCCAUCAUCAUCAUCAUCAUCAUCACAAUCAUUAGUUAUCAGAACAAUUCCUAAACUCCUGUAUCCCAAAGCACUUUUUAAAAACACACACUGGAAAAGCCCCACAAUCUCCAUCGCUGUUCAGUUCUCUGUUCCCCAUGUCAAAAUGUUUACCUCCAGGGAGGAAGAAAGGGCAGUUGUGGGGUACUCCCAUAGAUGUAUUAAAUCGCAGGAAAUAUGGUGGUAAAAGAAGGUCCACGUUGUCAGGAGUUCAGCCUACCCUUGAGUAGGACCCUGGCAGAAACACAUGCCUGACUGGCAUGUUCCCUCCCUCCUGGUUGUUUGUUUGGGAGCUUCAAAAGCUUUCUUCUGCCCAAACAUCACAGUGACCGAUGCCAACAGACAUUGGCACACUUAGGGAUCUGCAGAGUCUUCGCAGCUUUUCAUGACAGACCUCAGCAACUCAGCAUUUUGGCUAAUCUACUUUAUUUACAUAUAAACACACACGGAGCACUGCAACAUGGCUCCCUCUCUCUCUAGCAAAGACAAAGAACAAAGGACAAUAGUCCCACUUCACGGAACACAGUAACACAAACAUCCUGUUUCCGUCACUUCCCACUCUGUGGAGUCAAAACAUAUACCAUCAUGUGAAAGUCAACAAUCCCAUGACUGCAAUCAUGGAGCAGGAAUUCUAACACAUGUAACAUUUGCAAUCAAGGAAGGGGCUGCAAAGGAAAACAUAUGUGGGAAUGUCUGCCACCACCUUUCAUUUCUCCUUCCCCAAGGUAAGGUUUCUAUGAGUUGUGGUUUUUUUUUGUUUGUUUGUUUUUUUACAUUGGGAAAGGGAGAGGAAAUGAAUGGAAAAGAUCAGAGAGGCCUGAUCAUUGUGGGCUGUGCUUGCCACAAUUCAGCUCUCAAGAACUGAUUCAAGAGUGCUUGACUGUUAUGAGAACUCCUCAAUAUGUAGAGGUCUUUACACGCCAAGUUUAUACCUGAUGCCCAAACUUUACAUCUGAUGUCAGAAUUGUUGAGAGGGUCAAAAAUGAAGGAGCUGCUGCAAACAUCUUUUUAAAAAUUAUAGCUGUAUUUCUGUAUACCAUAUGCUGUUAGAAAAAGGUGUUGCUAGGUUUUCAUUUCAUAAUGUCUGAAGAUGAAAUGGCAUCUGUAAAAUAAAUAAAUUGUUAAGUUGGCAAUUGCUCAGAUUAUUGACUUUUUUGAGUAGUUUCUAAUAGCUCAAUACAAACAAAAGAAUUAAUGAAGGCAUUCCACAAGCAGACAAUUUUGUUAGGAGAGAAACAGAGUUGCUUUUUUAAUCCAUAAAAUUGUCUCUGUCCUGCAAAUCUAUCUAAAAUGGUUUUGCAGGACUUAUUUAUUUAUUUCUAAGUAGUAUUUUGCAGUUCAGUUUGGGGAGUGCGUACUUAGGUUUAAGAUAAAGUUUGUGAGCAUUUUUAGUAAUGGUUCCAUAUAUAUGUAAUUACUUUAUUCUCUCUCUCUCUCUCACACACACACACGAUGCUUAAUAUUUAAUUGAGAAUAAAAGGGAACUUAUUAAUAGUUUGUUCUCAUUAGUGCUGCUAUUCAGUGUCAGUUGUUGGCACAUUGUAACUCUCUUUAUUAUGCUGGACAUGAAUGUCCCCAUUCCAUUUUUAAUUAGAGAAAAUCCUGUUCUGUUUGGACAAGUUUAGAGGCCCUGCUUUCAUAUAGUGUUUGUUUUUUUAAAAGAUCGUUUUCAAAAUGUAAGGAUAUUAUGCAGUGUUUUGUAGAAAGUUCUGUAGCUGUGCAUUGGCAAGCUUUUUUUUUUUUUUUUUUGGCUUUUAAAAUCGGUGCAUAUUUACUCAGAAGUAAGUCCUACAGUUACUUGGAAAAAGUAAGAAUAACCACAGUGACCUGCAGUUUAUCUUUUUCUGCAGGGUUUUCUUUUUGGUGUUUUUUAAAACUGAAAUUAGAAACUGCAAAUUACAUUGCGGGAGGGAGAAUCUGUGACUUGCUGUAAAUGUACAAGAGUGAAUGUGACAAAUUUCAUUCAGGGUUUCCAGCAGCCCAGACUGUUGUUUUAAUAUUUCACUUCUACAGCUGUACUGACAGAAUGUUGACUACAUAAGCAAACUUUGAAAUAAUUAAAGCUGUUAUGUUGACAGCUAAGCAGCCAACGUGAUAUGUAUCCUGUGUCCCUAAAGCUGGUCCUAAUAUAUUUGCGAAUAUAUUAUUAAAAAUUGGCUUCCAGCAUUUUGAUACUAUGCAUUUGUCAUAGCUCUCAUUCUGUUGCAAAAAAAAAUGAGAGUCAAUGGAACAUGGUUUCAAAGAGAGCUGAAUCAACACUGUGGCCUGGGUCAUGCAUCUGGCAUCCUUGUGGAAUGUAUGAGGCUGUUGACAGGCUCAUGAGCUGGGGCCCAUGUGGAGAGCCAUGUGGUUCAUGUAAAAAAUGAAUAAUAAUGAUGCAAACAUGCAGAUCCAGGGCACCAUGUUUCAUAAAAACAUACUGUUCUAACUAGCCCUGUAUUUUGUGAUGUUGUACCAAUAUCACCACAACCCAGGCAGGCACAGAAAGCCUUCUGAACACUUUUUUUUAGGCCUUUCUGGACUAUUUUUUUAAGCACAUUGGUUGUGCAAUUCUUGUAUGAGGCCACAACAUCUUUCCUCAAGACAGUUCUCUUGUACUAUAAAUAUCUUACCUUCUGAGCACACAAACAGCAGUUUUCUGUUACUGGUAAAAGGUGAUCAGUUAUUUUCCCCAUGGCUGUUCAAUCUCUUGUGAUCAUGGGUAUUGUGUGGAAGGAGGUAAGUUAAGGAUGUUUGUCAAUGAGUGCCCAUAACAUAACUACAGUAGUGAUGAAUGACACAACUCCCUCCACCCCCAUAUCCUUGUUAUUUUAGUUGUACAUCAUCAAGGGAUGGGAGUGCUGAUUCCAUAUGAAAUACUUACAUGAUUAUUUAACUGCAACCAGGCCACAUAGAAGUCACACAGAGAAAAUAAUAACAAUAACAAUAACAAUAAUAGUAAUAGUAAUAGUAAUAAUUUAUUACUUAUACCCCAACCAUCUGGCUGGGUCUCCCCAGCCACUCUGGGCGGCUUCCAACAGGAGAUUAAAAAUACAUUAAAACAACAGUCAUUAAAAAACUUCCCUAAACAGGGCUACCUUCAGACAUCUUCUAAAUGUCAGAUAGUUGUUUAUUCCUUUGACAUCUGAUGAAGGGUGUUCCACAGGGCAGGAGCCACUACUAAGAAGGCCCUCUGCCUGGUUCCCUGUAACUUUGCUUCUCACAGUGAGGGAACCAUCAGAAGGCCCUCAACACUGGACCUCAGUGUCCGGACUGAACAAUGGGAGUGGAGAUGCUCCUUCAGGUAUACUGGACCGAGGCCAUUUAGAGCUUUAAAGGUCAGCACCAACACUCUGAAUUGUGCUUGGAAACGUACUGGGAGCCAAUGUAGGUCUUUCAGGACUGGUGUUAUGUGGUCUCGGCGGCUGCUCCCAGUCACCAGUCUAGCUGCCACAUUCUGGAUUAACUGUACUUUCCGGGUCACCUUCAAAGGUAGCAUUGCAGUAGUCCAAGCGGGAGAUAACUAGGGUGUGCACCACUCUGGUGAGACAGUUCGUGGGCAGGUAGAGUCUCAGCCUGUGUACCAGAUGGAACUGGUAGAUGGCUGCCCUGGACACAGAAUUGACCUGUGCCUCCAUGGACAGCUGUGAGUCCAAAAUGACUCCCAGACUGCUAACCUGCUCCUUCAGGGGCACAGUUGUCCCAUUCAGGACCAGGGAGUCCCCCACACCCGUCCACCCCUUGUCCCCCCCAAAACAGUACUUCUGUCUUGUAAGGAUUCAGCCUCAAACUGUUAGCCCCCAUCCAUCCUCCAACCACCUCCAGGCACUCACACAGGACCUUCACCGCCUUCACUGGUUCUGAUUUGAAAGAGAGGUAGAGCUCUCUUUCUGACUAGAAAGAGAGGUAAAGUGUUUCUUGCCUAUGGAAAGUUUAUUUUAACAGGAAGAAAACUGCUUGGAGUCUGUUACUUCAUGAGUUUUUUAUGAUACAUUGGUAUAUAAAUAUAUGUAUAAAUAAGUCAUAACUCACUGUUACAUAGUAAGUGUUUGCGGAAUUACAUCUUUCCUAAGUCCUGUACACAAUGGCUUGAUCCACAUUUCUUGGACGAAUGCAUGGGUUGCAAAUUAGUUGUCCACUGGAUUUUGCACUUCUUUGAAUGCCGUGACAGUUCUUGGCAGUUUAAACAAGCAUUUAAAUAUGUAAUUUGAGAGAGAGAAACAUAUAUUUAAGUACAUAUUUAUUUUGUGUUACAUAUGUAUAUGUAUUUUUAAAAUCAGAAAGCAAAUACUUAUAGGUAAAACCAUGCGAAAUGAAAACACAUAUAUUGUCCAUUCCUAAACUGUCUACACAGGAAAGCUAAUUCCUUGCUGAGUUUCCUGGCAGAAGGAGAGGAUGUAAAGCCACUUUUCUCCCAAAUUCUCUGGGUUAGCUUUCUUCCUAAGGUUCCUUGAGCAGUCAACUCCACCCCCGUGUAAAAUUACCAUUCCCCAAUCAUCUCUCCUGUUUUAUCUGAGAGUAAAAUACUCUACUACAGUUCUUAUUUUUGCAAAGAAAUGGUUGCCAUGGGGAAAUAGUCAAGGUGCUCUCCUGAUCCUUUAUUGUAUAUCACAUGAAUAGCUUAAUGCAGUAGAAAGUGACUAAUCCUAGUCAAUUUUCUUCUACGCCUAGUGCAUAAGAGCUGGAAUACAGUCUAUGAUCUUAACAGUUGCAUGUUGGAACUUCUCCUGGAUAGUGUACUGCAGUUUGCAUUGAAGGUGAGGGAUUACCUGUUUGAGUGCAUGUGCAAAAUAUAAGCUGCCUGUUCAUACAAAACAGCAUGUUAGAGAAGGAUUCUAGUUUGGGGUAUGAAGGAAUAAUUUUAAUUGGGAAGAAAAGAAAAUUUCUAAGCUGACACGGGGUCAAUGUCGUAAGCGAGCUUGUUUCUAUUAUAUGCAGGACUUUUCACGCGGCAUUUGUCUUGAAUUGUGCUGAAGCAGAUUCUGCAGCACAGUUUAGAGAAAAUAGGGCUAGCACUUAAAAUGCUUUAAUUGCAAAGAAUAAAAAAACCGUGAAAGUUUACGCAUUGUUGGCAAACAGAUCUUUGGCAAACACAUGACCAUGCCCCCAAUACAGACAAAGUUAGUUGUGCUUAAGUCUGAAAUGAGUGAUGUUUGCCUUUAGGUAAAGGUAAAGGGACCCCUGACCGUUAGGUCCAGUCGUGACCGACUCUGGGGUUGCGGCGCUCAUAUCGCUUUAUUGGCCGAGGGAGCCGGCAUACAGCUUCCAGGUCAUGUGGCCAGAAUGACUAAGCCGCUUCUGGCGAACCAGAGCAGCGCAUGGAAACGCCAUUUACCUUCCCGCCGGAGCGGUACCUAUUUAUCUACUUGCACUUUGACGUGCUUUCGAACUGCUAGGUUGGCAGGAGCAGGGACCAAGCAAUGGGAGCUCACCCCGUUGCGGGGAUUCGAACCGCCUACCUUCUCAUCAACAAGUCCUAGGCUCUGUGGUUUAACCCACAGUGCCACCCGCGUCCCGUGGAUGUUUGCCUUUACCCUCUCUUAAUUGAGCCAUGCCUUUUUAGAUAUGUUCUAGAGCAAGUGAGUAUCGCCCCACCUUAAAUCACAGUCCCAUAGUGUCUGGACUGAAGUAAGUCCCAUUGAAUUCAGUGGAUAUAGGACUGAAGCCCUCAUCAGUUUGUUUUAGCUUUGUGACAUUUUAACUGUCCAUCAUUAAAUGUUCCAUAUUGCACCAAAGGCUGGAAGCACAAAAUCUCAUAUUGGUCUUGCAGAAGCUACUAAGGCAUCACUUGAAAUUAUCAUGAUGGAUCAGUAUGAAUUUCUUUCUUGGUUAAUAUUGCUCAAGAUACCAUUACUGUUUGGUGAGCUUUUCUUGUCUCUGUGAUGAGAAAAAUAAACUUGACGGAUGAUCCAGUAUUUGAAAUGCACAAGAUUGAAUUCUUACUUCAGCGUGGAUGAACAUAAGGUCACAGGCAUGCUUUUUGUCAUUGACAACACAGGAAGAAAAUCUGAAAGCUCUCCAAACAGAAUUUUGUGGCUCUUAAAAUUGCAGUGAUAAUUCUUUUAGACGAAAAUAUUCCUUAUGGUCACAUACAAAAUGGACAUAUAAAUGAAAAAUGGUGAAUAUAACCAGGCUAUAAUAGCAGUAUGCAUCUAUGGGAAUUGUUAUCUUUUCUAUAUUCAAAGUUUAGACACUUAACAAGCGAUUAAAGUUUUAAAUUAGAACCAGCUAUUAACAGUGACUGCAUUUUUACAUGUUCUACAUUUGUUUUGACAAGGGGUUGUUGCAUAACUGUGAUAGGAUAGUCCAUGUAAAAGGAAUGAAACUCAGGGAUUAAGAGAGAGUUCUUAUUUUUGCAUUCCCCACCCCACCCUGCAAGAUAGUUGAGUUCCCCAAAUAUAUGCUGCAUGUACUGUUGCUGCCAAUAUCUUCUGGUUGAUGAAUUUUAGUUGGAUACCUAGCUUGCCUUACUAGUCAAACCGUACACCUACACCAAUCCUGCAGUCCUGCAAAGCUUCUGUUAAAACUGUUCUAUGCAGCUGAACAGAAAGCAUUCACCUCCUUGACUUGUUUGAUGGAAGAGAGGCAAGGCCCAUCUAAGACAUUCUGCUAAAAAGUUGUAAGACAUUCUGAAGGAAAGGACAAAUGAUGUCUCCUGCCCCAUUUGUCACAUACAGAAGCUGACUGGAAUGGCUGUGAACUUUACUUCACAGCUGGUGAUGGGAGAGCAACCGUUAUUGCACCUGAGUCAUGCAGGCCACAACACACAUCCACAACACACAUGUAAAGCACAUGUUUCCCUCCAGUCAAAGAAUGUCGGGAAUUGUAGUUUUCCCCUUGUAGAGCUACAAUUCCCAGCAACCCUUAACAAAAUGCAGGCUCCAAGGUUCAUUGUGAGAAGCAGUGUGGUUCAAAUAUGCUUAAAUUGCGGGGCUUAUUUCCAGCCAGAACUUGCCGGAACUUUGUUUUGGCACCUCUCAUGUGGCUGCCAUUGCCCUUAUAAGAGAACAAGGGAGGCGUUCAUGGUGAGUUCCGGCACCUCUUUUUCUAGAAAAAAUAAGGUAAAGGGACCCCUGACCAUUAGGUCCCGUCAUGACCGACUCUGGGGUUGUGGCGCUCAUCUCGCUUUAUUGGCCGAGGGAGCCGGCGUACAGCUUCCAGGUCAUGUGGCCAGAAUGACUAAGCCGCUUCUGGCGAACCAGAGCAGCGCAUGGAAACACCGUUUACCUUCCCGCCAGAGUGGUACCUAUUUAUCUACUUGUACUUUGAUGUGCUUUCGACUGCUAGGUUGCCAGGAGCAGGGACCGAGCAAUGGGAGCUCACCCCGUCACGGGGAUUCGAACCGCCGACCUUCUGAUCGGCAAGUCCUAGGCUCUGUGGUUUAACCCACAGCGCCACCCGCGUCCCUUUCUAGAAAAAUAGCACUGUUUAAAUGUAUGGAGUGAGUAUUAGAGGCAGGUUAUGUGGCAUACACAUCUCCAAGAGAGGAAAACAACUGGGGGAUUCAGAAAGAACAGCUGGGUAGACCACCACUGCUGUCCUCUUCCCUCCCAGAGCCCACUAGCUGAGGCAGAUGCCCCACUCUGCCAAACUGGCCCUGAGAAAACAGUGACCGUGUAGAAUUAAGAAAGGCUAUAUCUGGAUAACUUUGAGGUAUUAGUCAUUGCAUCUAGUAGGUCCUGACCUAGUGACUGUGGCUGUAAUCUUCAGAUAUACGUGCCAAUGGAACAGUACACAGUCUCUCUUGCAUAAGCUGUUCUGUAACUGCUGUCAUGGUGGGCCUGCAGCAAAAGUGAAAGCAAAUUAAUUGUAAUUCAAAUGACCAUACAAGAAGUAAAAACAGUUGUGUGUGUUGUUGUUUUUUAAACAAGCCCAUAGCUCAGGUGAAACAAAUAUAAUGCAGGAACAGGUUAAAAGACUCAAGGUGGUGGUGGGGAGAUAUUUCCCUGGAGUUGAAAUGACAUCAAGCUAGGCUCCAGAUACGUUUCUCUGAAGUUGGCAUUUUGUAGCCACCAUUCAAAGGGCUGCCUCCCGAGUUGCCAUUUCUCACACUUUACCUGGCAGGGGCACUCUUGGAAUUCCCUCUUGCUUGCUUUGAAAAGAAGGUGUCUGGUUUUGUCCCAGAUUUUGUAUCUGCACCAGUCCUAAAUAUGGUUAAUGCUAACCAUCUUAACUAGGCAUAGGCAGACUCGGCCCUCCAGCUGUUUUGGGACUACAACUCCCAUCAUCCCUAGCUAACAAGACCAGUGGUCAGGGAUGAUGGGAAUUGUAGUUCCAAAACAGCUGGAGGGCCGAGUUUGCCUAUGCCUGAUCUUAACCAUGGUUUGCACGCCUUGAUGACCGUUAACAAUGGUUAGUUUUGAUGCAGAUGUAAUGUGAGAAUCCAGGGGUAGCCAACACAUGGUAUCCUUCAAAUGCUCACAGAAUCGCAGGCGGUAGAGUUGGAAGGGACAACAAGAGUCAUCUAGUCCACCCCUCUGCAAUGCAGGAAUCUUUCACCCUAUGUGGGGCUUAAACCCACAACCCUGAGAUUAAGAGUCUUGUGAUCUACAGUUCCUGUCAGCCCCAGGAUGUAAAACCAGGGAUUGUGGAUGCUGCAAUUCACACCAUCUGCAGGGUAUCACAUUUGUUAUCUUUGUGCAAGACUAGGAGAUUGUGCACUAUUUAUCAUGGUGGCAGCGUAUUGUACGGUAUGGAAUGAGUCACAUCCAUGUUAUUCAGAAUGCCAUUUCAUGGACACAAUAUGGAUAUACUCUUCGAAUUUCUGGAAACUGAUUGUCAUAUAAGUGACUCAUGGCACUUAUAAGAGAUGGAUUUGAUUACAAAGAACACUGAUUCUUUCUAUAUGCCCAAGUGAACUUUGGACUUGUGUUUUCAAAGAGCAAUCCCCCAUGUUGCAUUGAAAACUUUGAUUGACACUAAUGAAGUUUUCAAAAGCAAUUUUAGUUAUGGCCUAGGAGCCUGCUGUUCCAAAAGAAGAGAAAAUCAGAAAUUAUGCUUGGCACAUUCAAACACAUCUCUUGGAUCCUGGCCAUUGCGUAUUAUCAGAACUGUAGCAGAAUUUUAUUUAACUAGUUUAAUACUUACAGCAUAAUAACCUGCAAGAUUCCUUUAGAAAUGGAAAGCAUUGUAAAACUAUAGUAUUGCAUAAACCCCAGUUUCCUACUGAAAUCAGUGUAAAAAUAUUUUUAUGCCAUUAUUUAACUUCUGAAUAACUUUUUUCCUGUAUUUAUAGUUCAGCUGCAUGUGUAAUGAAGUUUGAAGUAAUAUAAGAUGUUAAAUAUUUUCAUGAUGAGUGCAGUGUUUAUUGCUUAUUAGAUUAAUGUCAGCUAGAGUUGGGCUGUAAUCCAUGAAUAAAAUCUACAACUUCCAGAAAAAUAUAUAUCUACUUUGUUUCUUAGGGACCGAAGCUGAACUGUUUCACAAGAUCUAUAUAAAUUUUGAAGGAGCUAAUGCAGUCAUUUAUUUUUUGACAAUUAAAAAAGGGCAUGUCUUUAAUCAAGCAAAACUGUAAAUUGAAGCCUGGCAAUUUUUGUUUGGAACUUGUCUGGAGUUUUGUUUCUUAGCCACAAGUAAUUAUAAUUUUCAUGGGUUGAAGUCUGGACAUACACUUUUUUUCUUAUAGAAUACUUUAAACACAUCAACAUAAUUUUGCCUUGAAUUAAAUUAUGUAGUCUAAAAUACCAUGUCUGCAAUGAAAAAGCAUGUGCUACAAUUCCCUUCCUGAAUUCAAAUGGUGUCAAAUAUGCUUGCAUUUGGUUGGACUGUUUCCAGUGACCAGGAUCUAAAGAGCUCCUUUAGCAGCACCCAAGACCUGGUAUACCCAGUGGGCUUUUUCUUCUUCUUUCUAACCUUGGCAUUCAUAGACUCCAGUGCUGUAUCACAACCUACUUUUGAAGUUCCAGGUGAGGUUUGCUGCUGGUCAGACUUCCAUUCAAGAAAAAGAAAUCCAAAUCUCCUUUGGGCACAUGCAACUAGUCAUACAGUUCUCUGGAUCUAGUCCAAUAUUUUUAGGAUUAGGCUGCCAGUAAACUGUUUUGAUUCAUUCCUAGAAAGCACAAUAGGGGGAAAAUGUUUUCCUAUGGUGUGCAAUGAACCUCAUAAUUUCUUGGGCAAAUGAAAAUGAUUCAUGGUGCUGCUGCAUCUGCACUGUGCGUCUUAUCUGGCUGUUUACCAUUUUCUCAUUGACUUGCCUUUGUUCUAAUGGAGUAGAUGCCUGAAAAAAACUGAUAAGUGGAGGUCAGGCUUCAUGCCUUUUUAACACGCCCAGGCUGUGCCGAAAAUUAAAUGAGUCAUCACCGAAAUAUCAAUAGCUGUAGCAAUGCGAGUUGGAAAAUGAUAUAUGCUGUUGUUGCGGUAAGUUGGCAGGUGUUGCAGGCAAAUGGGUGGUACAGAUAUUAGGACCAGGAUCUUUCUAUUUAUCUAGUUCAUUUAAAGGAUUUUCAUCGUGCUCUUCAGCUGCAAAAGGCUCCCAGGGCAACUUACAACAACUAAUACUAAAGACAGUCUAAUGCUUACAGUCUAAAAGACACGACACAAAGGGAAAAGGGACUGUGAGGGGCUUCACCAGGGUGAAGGCUCCAGGUGUAACCAGGUGGGUGGGGAGAUACCACGGGCCAUAAUCAGUUCAGGUAACUAAUCAAAGCUGCAAGGUGCUUUGGGGAUGAGGAUAGGGCGCUGGUCUCUUUGGAUCUGCUUUAUCCAAACCUUAACAGGCCUGAUCCUUGGACUCCUUGGCUUGCUAGCCCGGCACUAGCAUACCCAAAGCUAGCAGAACAACUGCUAUCCCCCCAUCAUCUGCUCUGGCUGGUGUGAGCAAAGCUUAAUAUUUGGCAGUGGGUCAGCCUCUCCGCUCCUCCCUAGCCCCGCUUAGGGCUGUUCGGUUACUCAGUUUAAAAAUGCCACUGGGAACAGAUAAUUGACGCUGGAAGUGCUAAUGAGGAAGGGGGAUUGGUUUUGUACUGAUGGGUGGUUAAGUGUAGCAACCAGUGAAGGCAACCAGUGCUGUUCUCUUUGCUGUAAAGUUACAAAACCGCUCCCAGCAGCUAUAACAGUAUACUGCAUUGAAUCUUUUUCUUUCUUUCUAAAGGCAUAAGCAUAAAAUUUCCCACCUACUGCAUGACUAAUGAAGCUGUAGGCUUAUACAAAGAAGUGUGUUCACAGCUAAUAAAGCUGAAGACCUUUAUUCAGAGCACCCCAGUAUUGGACGUUUCAUUUUCAAUGUUUUCCAACUGAAAAAGAGGAAUAAAAACAAACAUUUUUUUUAUGUCAACUGAUAUUUCAUACAAUUCAUAUUUUUAUGUCUGUGAUAUGAAGAUGCACACACACUUGGGAGAUCUAAGCCCCUGAUGCCCUGUUUUCCUCUAACCCUUUUUAUGCUACUGUGAACCAGUUAGCUACCAGCAUUCAAACUGUAAAGAGCAUUGACAUAAUUUGUAAUAAAAGCAAAGCUGAAGCAUAGGGAAGGUGAAAGAGAAUUGCCAGAAUCUGUAGCUAUUCUGAUCUCGUGGGCAGUUUCUUCCAAAUGUGAUCUUGCACAGUUAAAGCAAACCAACUGAAGGUUCCCUUAUUGGCUUGUUUUUUUCCUUUGCUUUUAAGUGUUGUUUCAGUUCAAGUUAAGGUUGUGCAUCCCUAUCCUAAGCAUUGGUGCCACUAAGGCUGCAAUCCUGUACCACUUACCUGAGAGUAAGCUCUAUUGGAUUCAGCAGGACUUUCUUUUGACAUGCAUAGGAUUGUGUUGUAAAUCUACUUGCAACGCUGUAACAUUCUUUGUAGCAUUGUUGUGCGAUCACAGCCCUGUAAAGUUGGCCCUUACUGUUAUCCCCACAUUCUAGGUUCCUGGCUAAGAGACGGUGACUUCUUUAAGACCUCCUGUUGUGUUUUAUGACUGAGUUGACAUUUGAACCAGCCAUCUUUGGAUUGCUGCUCAUUCUCUUAGCCACUGUGCAACACCAUCUCUGUAUCUAAAUCAACUCUGGCAGCUUUGAGACCAGUGGCUUAAGAAUGUUUUUCACUAUUUUAGAUUUUUAAAAAAUAAUAAUUAUGUGUUUGGAAUCCAUUGGGAGGAAGGGCAGGGUACAAAUUCAAUAAAUAAUUUUUCUCCACCCCCAUCAUUCAGCCCGGACACUGAGGUCCAGCGUCAAAGGCCUUCUGGUGGUUCCCUCACUGCAAGAAGUGAGGUUACAGGGAACCAGGCAGAGGGCCUUCUCGGUAGUGGCGCCCUCUCUGUGGAACGCCCUCCCAUCAGAUGUCAAGGGAAUAAACAACUAUCCGACUUUUAGAAGACAUCUGAAGGCAGCCCUGUUUAGGGAAGUUUUUAAUGUUUGAAGUUUUAUUCUGUUUUUAAUAUUCUGUUGAAAGCUGCCCAGAGUGGCUGAGGAAACCCAGCCAGACAGGCAGGGUAGAAAUAAAUUAUUAUUAUUAUUAUUAUUAUUAUUUUAUUAUUAUUAUUAUUAUUAUUUUAUUAUUAUUAUUAUUAUUAUUAUUAUUAUUAUUAUUAUUCCUACUAUUAUUGCAGCUUUAAACUUGGAAACUAAGACAAUGUUGAUUUAACCUUCUAGAAACAAUAGUCCAUGAUGCUUUAAGGCAGACUGGAUUUCUCCUGGUAUUACCCCUUUUCUGCCCCUUAAAAACAACAGCCACACGCUCAUUAUUUUGUGAAGGAGUAAAAGUAGAAUUUACUUACAUAAAAUGUAAAGCAGCAGUUACAGUAGCAAAAUGAAGGCAGGUUUAUAACUAAUAUCUAAGUUAGAAAAGUACAGAAUCUAAGUUCAAAAUGGUGCCUGAGAUGCAGAGCUCAGACCUGCAUGUGUGGUCAGUUUCAAUGCAUGGUGAAGAAAAAGAGAGAUGCCCAGGCCCAGCUGUAGUGUUAAAGCUUCCUGUCAACACAAACAAAGGAAGUGAUCUCAGAGUUCUCUCGAGCAAAUUUUAUAGGAAAGCUGUGAGUACCUCGGCCCUUUCAUGUGCCUAUCUAGCAAAACAUGAAUGGUUGAUUUGACUGCAAUAAUGUCCCACAUAAAUAAGAAAUAGUGAAUGUUAGGGUUUUCCCCUGUUGUAAUUGUUGGGGGCCUUAUGCCUGUGAUGGCCACCCACUACUCUUUAUCUUCUUCUCCCUCUUACUCUCCAUCCAGACAAUUGACUGAGGUCUGAACUGAUAACUUGCAGAUACUUUUUGUCCUCCUUUCAUCACUUUAUUUGUUUUCAGCCGAGGGCCUUACGCUGUUGCCCUCAGCACUUGAAGCUUGUUUAUUAUAAUUCUACAAGAUUAAUUAGUGUCUAAGUAAUCUUGUGGAAGAAUAAUAAACAGGCCUAUGAUGCUAGGAGCAACAGUUGAUUAAUUCCCAUUCUUUCUUCCAGAACACACACACACACACACACACACACACACACGAACACGUGUUCUUCAACAAAUGGUUUUUUAUGUUAGGCUAAGACCUCCCCCAUCCCAUGUGCAUUGCAUAGUGAAAGCAAGUCCUUUCAUAGAGAUCCCUUUAUUCUUCCAGAAGUGCACAUGCUUUGAGGCAGUGAUGGGGAAUUUGCUUCUAUUUCAGGGCCAUAUUCCCUUCUGGCCAACUUUAUGGGGUCCACAUGGCAUUAGUGGGUAAGUCCAGUGGACAGAACGAACAAUGAAUGUAAAUUGAGCAAGAGAUUUUGUCGGAGUUCAAUGACACGUUCCAACUAGGCAAAAAAACCAACCAAACAAAAAACAGGUGUGUAAGCAGAGCCAGUGGGGGGAGUGACCUGGGGAAGAAUUGCAUUGGAAGAAUUCCAAAUAAAGGGCUAUGGAGGGGGCAAAUUUGGGCCUCAGGCCUGAGGUUCUUCAACUCUGAUGCAAUACGAUCCCAUGGGUGAGUGCCCACCAACAUAUUUGUUUCUGAUUUCUACCAACUGGAGUUUCCAAAGGAUCUUCAGAAGCUGGUCCCAUGCACAGUGCAUUACAGUAAGAGUUUGAGGAAACAAUAUGUAAUGUGCAGGGUUAGAGCUUGUAUGGCCCAUAUGAAAGAAGGAAAGGGGAUCCCAAACAAACAAGCUUUCAACAAUCCAAGCAGAAGUGCAGGUGUAAAGGCAGCUUGUCUUAUCGCUGGUUAAGGAAGGAAAUGGUCCCUAGAUGCACCCAUUGCACUGUGCUUCCCAUUCCAAACAUUGGGAACCCCAAAUCUACUAGGGUCUCUAGUCUGUGGUUGCUUGAAGCGACGAGCAGUGGUACAUAUCCCUAUCUCACCUUUUCUGCCUUCAGUCUGUUCUGUCUAUUCUUUUCAGUGGCAUUUUCUCUUACAAUAGAUACACUAAAAGUUACAGCCAGUAUCUGAAGUAUAUUAUUGUUCCAGUUAUAAAUGUUAUGUAUAAUGAGUGGAUCUGAGAAGAGAGAUCGUAUCUGAGAGAAAACAUUUUUCUUACAAUAGCAGAAUUAAAAAGAUACAGAAUAUGUUUUCAUUAUUAUGCAGGGGCACGUAUACAGAUUACAAUGGAAGACUUUUUGCUGCUUUAUAUUUUAAAUCAGACAUUCUUUCGAAUUACAAUAAAGCAUUUAGAAUUCUGAAAACAAGGUCCUUGAGAUUUUUUGUAGAAAGCUCUUGAAUUAAGUAUUCACUUGUAUGACUCAAAGUAAUAUCAAGUCUGAAAGAUAAUUCGAUUUAGCUUUGUCACCCAAAAGGCACUCCCAACUGGAAAAGGAAGGAGCUUUUGUGUGUCUAGAAUUUUAACUAGCCCAUUUUAAGCAUUUUUAAAAUAAUUAGCAUGGGUGCGGUUUUUUUAGAGAGAAAGACCAAAAAUGUGAAACAUGAAUUGAAAUAUUCACUGCAGUGUUUAAAACAUGAUAUUAAAUACAGUAUGGGCUUUUUAAACCAAGGAAAAUAUACUAGUGGUUGGAUCACAACUUAAUCAUACUCAAGCGUAUAUUCAUUGAAAUAGGUGAGUAAAAUCCCAUUGCUUUCAGUGGGUUUGACUUCAACCCAAAGCCCUUAUUGAGUCUUCCUUUCCUGUAACUCUAGUGGAUCACCUUUCUUAAACACGAGGAGCUCUUUUCAGAUGAUAAGAUAAAUGUGUGGCUGUCAGGUGGUAUUAGGAUUGUGCAUUCUCUUCAUGCAAAACAUCUGAAAGGAGCUUUAUGUUUGUUGAGUUGACUCCUGGUAAUCUUUUGCAGGUGUGUAAGAGUUUUAAAUAUUUUUUCACCUCUCUCCAUUCCUACUAGAAAUCUGUCAAAAGUAUUUGAUUUGUUGUCUUUCUUUCUUCCUUCCUUCCUUCCUUCCUUCCUUCCUUUCUUCCUUUCUUCCUUUCUUCCUUUCUUCGUUUCUUCCUUCCUGCUUCAUGUUGGAAUCUCUUAGUCAUAUAAUGUUCUUCCAAUGUUCUAAGACCUUUUCUCCUUUGCAGUUAAUUUGCCAGAUUUAUCAUUUAAGCUUCCAAUGGUUCUAUUGUUCACUACAUCAUUGACCCAAGCAUUGGCCUUGUUUGGACACAUUGCUGGCUAUAAGCCAUAGUUAGACAAAGUAGUACAUGUAGCUUGAGUACUCCCUGCUGUGCUGCUUCCUUCCUUGAGCAGGAAAACAAAUUAUAUAGUGGCUGGUUUACGGUUAUGUCCUAACACACACCUGUGGUCCUUCUUCCCACCGAACGAACUUUGAUUGAGAAGCCAAAUUUAAGGUAAUACAAAGUCAGCUGCUCAGUGGUUUGUUUUCUUGCCCGAGGAGGGGAGAAACAAAGUGAGAAGGGAUUGAGAGGGGUGCAGAACCAGGCAGCAUGGUUACAGACUAAUUUGGCUAAUAACAUGCUUUAUGGUCAGUGAUAUGUGUAAAUCAUUUAUGUCUAAACAUGUAUAUGGUCAGUGAUGACUAAAAGUGAUGACUGGUUUACACACAGCACCAUCAUUUUAACAGACAAGAGCGUCUGUCCUAUUCCUUUUUCUUUCUCUGAGCUUACAAUAGCUUCUUGAUCAGCUAUUGAUGUGAAUGUUGAUGCUGAUUUGUUGAAAUGAAAUCUCUUUUAUUAAAUUGCUGAAGCAGGCUGUCACUGAACUCUGCACGCUGACAUUAAAGCUCUGGAAUGUAAUAUAAUUAGCAAUCCCAGUAGUAGCUUUAAUAGCAUUAAGUGUUAAGACAACAAUAAAUUACAUGGGACAUCUAUUUAAAAAUAAGCUGGUUUUCAGAAAAAUAAUUCACCGUAACCUGAAAUGAAGCCUCCAUGAUUUUAUUGAAAGUUCCAUUGUGAACUUUUCCUCCUUUGACAUGUUAAUUAACCAGAGAACAUCCUCAAAUUUUAACUGUAGACGAUUGGCAGAAUGAGCUGCACUGACUGUAGAUCUUUCUUUCCCCUUUUUUAUGGCUUGCUGUAAUCAGAGGAGAAGAGGUUUGGGGCACCAGUGAGAGUUGGGUCUACAGCUUCCCAGGGGUGCUAUCUUUGUGCUACUAGCUUUGUACAGUCAGUACAAUAUGUCUCCUUGUUGUGUACAUGCCUGGCAUAGGAGAACAUUCUGUCAGCAUAGUUAUGUUCAGUGCGCACCUGCCUUCCCAUUGUGGAGGUUGCUGGUGGUAGCAGAGGGGGAGAAGGCGGCAGAGAGGUAGCCACAGUGUGAUGAUAAUAGAAUCCUAGGGUUUGAAAGGAUCCUGAGGAUCAUCUAGUCCAAUCCUAUGUAAUGCAGGAAUAUGCAGUUGUCCCGUACGGGGAUUGAACCUGCAACCUUGACAUUAUCAGCACCAUGCUCUAACCAACCGAGCUAUCCAGGUGUGUUGGAUUGACUCCACCACUGUAUCUGUCCCACACUGACCUCCCUACCCCUCUCCCCCUUGGUUGCUGGCAGUGACCUCUACAUUAGAAAGGCAGGUGAGCAGUGCCUCCCCAUCAUACUCUGCCCAGACGACUGCUUUGAGUUAGUAAUAGUGCCAACUUUAAAUAAAUACAGACAGAGACCAGCAAUAAAGCAUUGCAGUGAAUCGCCAGGUCCAUUUCUAUUAAGGACUCCAGCCAGCCCAGGAAUUUUGUAGCGGGGAAAGAGUUAAGUUUAUUCUUGCUGCACCUCCUGAAACCUCCCCAGUGUUGCAUCUAAAGAGCUUAGGUUUGAGGCUAGCUGCUACUCUUGAAACCGGUUAGGGAGUUUUCUGGAGAGGGAGAAAGGGGAGAGAGAGAGAGUAUCCUUUUUAAUUUCCUUCCUCUUGAAAGAAGUGCAGGGCAGGAAAAAGUGUUGUUCAUAAACUCAUGUUGCAUAUCGCUCUCCAGAUUGUGGCUACAGCUGCAAGCAGUCUGGCUUGUUCUCUUUCCACCAACCCACAAUAUGCACUCAUCAUUCCACAGGUCCUUGAGGCAAGUGAGCUUGUCGGGUCAUUUGAAAAAAUUAUAGCAAUUUGCAGGCUAAUGUCCUUUUGUGUACCUGGGUCCCUCGAGUGCGCAGAAACCAUGACCUUAUGAUUAGGUGGCCCUGUUUCACCAGCAAAAUGAUAGGCAAGGGACCACACAAGUUCAUUGUUAGAAGGAUGAUAAUUCUUACCUUGCUGACAUUUUUGUGGCUUAUUUACGGUGCUAGUUAAUAUAGUUUGUAUGUGCAGUUUUCUAUUGUAACCUUUCAAGUUCUAUGUUUUGUAUGCUACCUUGGGCAAUGUUCUAUUUGAAAAGUGAAGGAUAAAUCCAGAAAGUAAUAAGAUGCCUACAUCCACUUUUGGGAGACAACUAGACCACUGGUGAGUUUCAGCAAAAGGACUACCAUCAUGCAAAUAUAUGCUGAAAGAUUAAUAUAUAGGUCCCUAAAUGCAUGUUAAGGGACGCAGGUGGCGCUGUGGGUUAAACCACAUAGCCUAGGACUUGUCGAUCAGAAGGCUGACGGUUCAAAUCCCUGUGAUGGGGUGAGCUCCCAUUGCUCGGUCCCUGCUCCUGCCAACCUAGCAGUUUGAAAGCACGUCAAAGUGCAAGUAGAUAAAUAGGUACCACUCUGGCAGGAAGGUAAACGGCAUUUCCCUGCGCUGCUCUGGUUUGCCAGAAGCAGUUUAGUCAUGCUGGCCACAUGACCUGGAAGCUGCGCCGGCUCCCUCGGCCAAUAAAGUGAGAUGAGCGCCGCAACCCCCAAGUCGGCCACGACUGGACCUAAUGGUCAGGGGUCCCUUUACCUUUACCUAAAUGCAUGUUUGGGUUAAAAGUGGGUCUUGGGUUUGAAAAGGUUGAGGAUACCUGACCUAGACUACUGAACACUAGUAUUAUGUGCUAGUAUGCAUGGGACUGUAGCCAUAGCCGUGGAGUCCCUACGACGGUUACCAGAUGCUCUUCAGUAAACUAACUUUCUUUGUUUUGAUGACAGAGCUCUUGUGCUUUUGUAACAGCAGCAUGGUUGACAGAAAUCCAGCUGGUGAAACUUCCUUAAAAAUGCACCUCUAUGGGACAGAAAGCACCACAAAUGGGAUUUCUGCCUAUUAUGUGACUUUUGCAGAGGCUCAAGAGUCCUCCCAAAGACUUCACUCGUACUCUGUCCCUUGUCUCCAGCCCUGCAAUGGAUGACAUGCAACAUCAUGCUUUAGAAGGGGGGAAUCUUUUGACCAUUAUUGUUCACCAGAAUCCCUUUCCUCUGGAACUAUUACAGUUCAUUUGUUCGUUUACUGCAAUUUUUUUUACAUCUCAAAAUAAUUAACAACUUGGCAUAUGAGGGGAAAAUAUGAUUUAGGAAGCAAAGGUGCCAGCUGAGCUGAGAGAGUGCUUUAUUCUGCUUGCCAACUAAUUAAUGCCAGGUUUAGAUGCUGAAUCCAGAAAAUAAAAGUCUCCAAGGGAACUCCUUCAGUAAUUAUUGACUUUGGUGCAGUAGGAUCCUUGUUUUAAUAAAACAAUUGGGGGAAAGACUAGGAUAAAAGAGGAUGAAAGCUUCUAUUGAGACACAUCCGUAUUACACCUUGAGGGUGAAAAGCUCUAAAAAAGUUUAUUAUAAAGGGAAGUAUUAGGUGGCAUGCUUGGCAUAAGAAUUCCACUGGAACAGCCCUGGAAAAGCAGCACAGAGGUUUGAAGAAGGUUCCUAUCACAACAUGUACCAUUCUAAUUCUUAACCAUCCUUGUCUGGUUUGUAUGUUAUGUAAGCUUUUACUUCUGCUCUGCAAGUUAUUGAGCAGUAUGUCAUGGAUAUUUUCCGGCUCACAUUUUUCUAUGUAAAAAAACUUCCUAUCCUUGUUGAAAGUGUGUUCCCUCCUAACACAUUGCAGAUUUAACUUGCAUUCUUAAACUUUUUUGAAUCUUAAUGGUUGUAUCCGAAGUAGCACUGCCUGAAUGUUCUCUUAGUGCAAAGAUUACCAUGUGUGCAAUAAAUUUUUAAUAUAUGUUUAAAAUGCAUAUUUGAAGUUAUGGAUAUAAGAAGCAUCGGUUUCCAUUCCAACUUGUUUGCUGCAUGUACCAUUGUUUCUGUUCCGCUGCACUUCACUUUCUGAAAAGCUAUGUCAUUCAUCUCGCUGGCCGCUGUGGUGGAAUUUUACAUAAUUAUAGGGAACCCAAUGCAAAUGGGGGGAAAUGUCAUGUAUUGCUUGCAGACUGACAACAAUGAAUGCCAAUCAUAGUUGCUGGAUUGAUUUCUCUUCUAGACAUGGGAUGAGUCAGAGAACAUAGGCAGUUUCUGUUUCUGUCUGAAUUCUUCAACAUCCAUAAUUUGAAGCCCCAAAUAAGUUGUUACGUCAUUUGAUGAGUAUAUAGUAGGGUCCAGUCUUACUGUUGUCCAGAGAUCCUAGUUCCUUCUCAUGCAGUGCGAAACCUGCUUGACAGUCAUAUAUUAGGGUCAAAAUUCCAGCCCUGAUCUUCAGCUGUGUUGACUUCUGAAAAGUGUAACUAAAAAGUGUACCUAAUAAAGCAUAAAACUUUGGAUUGCAACUAACUGCAUAAAGUUUCCCAUGUCUAAAGCUGUUGGUGGUUGUGGAAGACAAAAAUGAUUUGCCAUACUCGUGGAAUGUUUAGGAAUAUUUUAGCAUAUAUCAUCAAAAGCAGCACAUGCACAUUUCUGCAUCUCCUAAUCGUGGCUUUUACUUUUCUUUUAACAGUGUUUUCAUAUACCAUCAGUGCCAGAAGCUUCAGAAAAUUGGCACCAUCUAG